AAAAUUCAUGAACAAAAUUUACGAAAAAUAGAGAGGAUAAUUUUUGAAUAAGAAGUUUGAUCGAAAGACAAGAGAUUCUGGAGCAGUCAUUCUAGAGCAAAGUCUGACCUCAUUGAAAAUCUGAGCAGGAUCGACGCCGGACAAACAUCGGCCAUUUAUAGGACGCUGAUAAUCGCCUUCGUAUUUUACAAACGAAUAGUUUUCUUCAACUAAUACAAGAUGAUAGUGAGAUGGAUGGUCCUUGUUAUCGUCCUUAUUUAUGUUCUCCAUGGUAUGGUUUCGGGAGCACCGCGCCCGAGGCCGGUUGAGGUCCUGGGCGGCUACUCCAGCGUCAGCAAAAGCGUCACUUUCACUAGACGAAUGGAGUUUCAAAUGGAGAAGGAUCAGUUGCUAAAUCAAACAACAGGCGGUGAUAAACUUGGCAUAAACAAUAUUCUAAUUACUGAUACUACAAAAGACGGUAAAAAGUCGCCUCAAGUGAACCACAGUGUGAAAUUUUCUAUUGGGGCCGAUAUAGAAGAUGGUGGCGAUGGAGAAAUGGAUCCACCUCUCAUAAUUCCGACAAAUGACAUGAAAGAGAUGAAGGAAAUUGCCGAAAAUGGAAUAAAAACGCCAACGAACGUUGAAGCCAUAUCAUCGUUUACAGAGUCACAAGUAAGUCCCAGUGGUGCUGAAACCGCAACGGAAUUGCUUCCUUCAAAUGUUGAUGAAAUAACUGAUGGACCUACAGGCUUGUUGGAGAGCUAUGACGACGCAGUAUACGAAGACGUGGCUCCCAACGACGCUGGUAACCUUGCUGACAAAGAAGAUUUUCCCUUUUCGAAUGAUCAAGAGACUUUGCCACUUCAUAGGAAAGAAUCUGGUGGAAUUAGAGGCCAAGAAAACCAAAGUAAAAUAGAAACCAAGCUCGAUUUCGAGCACAGUUUGCAUGAAGAUUCACCCCACAAUGAAAACAUUUUCACACCAGCCACCAAUAGCUACCCGAACGAAGAUGAACGUCAAGAUCCGAGUGUUGUUAUUCAAGAAGUAAUUUCUGCAGAUCUAAUCGAAGGAUUGAAUUCAGAAGAUCGCACGAAGGAGCUAACAUCGAAUUCUACUCUUAAUGAUAAAAUUGUCCAAGAAUUUGCAAGGUCAGCUAUGAUUGAGGAAUCUAGAACUGAUUCAGAGCCUCUGAACGAAGAAUACACUGUAAAAAUAGAAGACGGUGGUGAAAUGGAGAGAAAAAUGUUAGAGGAAAGACGUUUCGCUGAUAAGGAAACUCGCAGGGAACCACAUCCACAAACUCUUGAGUCAUCCACUGUUCCUAGUAACAUCAAUAAAUUGCCUGAAUCAGCAAACAAGGGAGAAUUGUUUCCGUUGGACAUGAUUACAGAAUAUUAUGACUAUGAUUCUGAGGGCGUGAGGGAAUCUGGAGCGGAAACACUGACCACUGAUCAAACACCUUCCGUUUCAAUGACUGAGUUUUAUGACCAAUUGACGGAAACAGACGACUCUGCCAUAUCUGCUACUGAAACAAGUACGGAAUCCGAAGUUAAGACCACUGAUGAUAUUAACAGAGUGGAAUUGCCUUCAGUCAAAGACGAGCGCGUAAACGAAGACGAAAAACAAAGUUUUACAUCGUCAGCCCCGGAAUAUGAUAGAACAGAGACUUCUGGAGAUAAUACUGAGGAAUUAACGAAUAAAUAUGAAGAAAUGAAAGCUGAUUUAGGAAUGACCACAAACAAACCAGUGAUAUCGCCUACAGUGGCCGCGGUAAUAACGUCUUCAACGCAAACUGAACCUGAAGAAUUAACCGAAAAUACCGAUUUGCAAGGGAAUAGCGAAAUGCUAUCUCCUAUCGCUAGCUUGGUGAUCCAACGUGAUGAUGAAGAAGAGGCAAUUAAUGACAACCCACCAAAAUUGAGUGAGGGAUUGACCGAUAACUUGCAAGUCUUUUUGGUUCAAGAACAGCCACCUCCUCUAUCGAACGCUUCCAUUUCAAAAUCAUUAUCUGAAAUAACUAGAGAAAACUCAUUUGAUUAUUUUCCUCAAUACUACACUACAGAUUAUGAUUAUUUAGAUGAAACGGCAACCCAGUUCACGACCACCAAAGAUGACCUGUCGAAUUAUGACUACACUUAUUCUGAGGCGGGAUAUAACGGUACUACAGCUGGACCAGAUGAUGCUACUGAAACAAUUCCUACACCAAGCAUACACGAUAAUACCGAAGUACACAAGGCUGUAUUAAAUCCAGUCGCAGCAGACAAAAACAAAAAAGUAACUCCAACCACAGAUGAAACCGUGAAUUCGGAUAAUAAUUUAGACGAAUCAAUCCUUGUCAAAACAACUUCUUUUCCAGCUAGUGCUGGGAAAGAAGUCGUCACAGAGCCCCUAUCUACUGGCACCUCACAGGAUGUUGAGUUGAGCUUUGACUACCGUGGUUUGCCCGAACUCACCGCUACACCCAUGGUGGACGAUGCAAACGAAGACUAUGCAUCGAACACCGAGGCAAACGAUGGAGGUCCAGGCCUCGACUAUGCCAAACUUCCCGAAGGCGCUAGCGUUGAGAUAAGAAAUCUAGGACCUGAUUAUAUAUUAGAGAAUUUAUCCACCCCAUCCAAUUUAGCUACUGUCGCUCCUUCCGCCGCACAGAAUGAAGACAACGUCGAAUUCGUUGCAAUAGGACAGCCGCCUUCGAUUGAUCUUUCUUCAAUAAUUUCUAAUUUAGAUUUUAGCCAAAUUGACUUCAGCAAUUUUGACUUGUCAGGGCUUCAAGAGCAAGGCGCAUUGCCUAGCAAUGAGAGUGCGCCUGCUCUUGAAAGCUCGCCUCAAUUUCAAUUUGACAACAUUGAUUUGUCUAAAUUGGCAAGUGACUUGGGCAUCGCUAACUUUAAUUUCAAAAGCUUACCUACCAACUUCAAUGUAGCUAGCCUUGAUUUGAGCAAAUUAAAUUUUGGAAAAAUUCCUUCUUUGGACUUGCGAAAUGAAUUUAGUGCUACCAAUGUUCCAUUUCCACUUCUCAGUAAGUCCAAUAGAGAAAAUCAGCAUUUUUCAAAUUUGCAUCCUGAUAGUGAAAUGGCGGACGCUUGGCCUCCAAGCCACUAUAUCACGAGUACAAAUAGCAGCAAUGAUGAAGAAGAGCUCUCACAUUUCUUUAUUCAACCGUUCGAUUUAUCGCAAGUUAAUUUAAACUUAGAUCGCGUGUUGGGUCAACCUCCUAGCUUUAGCCAUGCUCAUGCCGCCCCUCAAGAAGAACAUCGCAAUCCAGUAUUCCAAGUAGCAGAUUCUCAACAUUUUGGUAAACUGACUCCGGAAACACAUUUCAUGGUGAUUGAUAAUUUCAAUGGAGGUAAUAUUGAGGAUCAGGUUCCAGGAAAUCAGCAGGAGCCGAGAAAAAUUAUUCAGUCUAGUCUUUCAGCAGGAACCUUUCCUUUCGCAUCGAAACUACCUAGUCAAAAUAAUUUUGAACACUCUACUGGGGUAGGAAAUUAUGAUAACUUGGAACUUCAAACUCAAUCAAAAUUUCCCGAGCCGAAUACUGUAAAUUUUGUCCACCCCUUACAUUUGUUACAUACCGAAUCAACGCAUCGCUUAAGUGAUCCAAGACAACCGGGUUUACAAGAUGGAAGCGAAUUAGAUGCAAUUUAUGAAGAUUAUUCUGACGGAAGGACAUUUGGAGAGAAAAUUCCUCCCGUAAAUCAGGCUCAAGACUCUGGACGUCUUAUAUCAUCCUCAGACAUCGGACCUUUCACUAACAUAAUCAAAGGGCCUCAUUUUUCGAAUAUUGACUUCUCUCAGGUUUUUCGUAAUGUAGACCCAAGUAACAUUGAUUUAACUAAAAUACCUGCGAAUUUUAGUCUCGGAGGUAUGGAUAUUGGCAAGUUAGUGAGCUCAAUAGACUUGAGUGGAAUUGAUUUUUCAAAGAUAAAUUUUGCCGAACUGGACAUCCCAAAAAUUCUAUCAGGGUUGUCGAUUCCAUCAGAUGAAAAAACAGUUUUCGCCACUCAGGGAGUGGACGAAAUUGGGAACUAUGAAGCUGUUCAGAACUCCAAAGGAAAUAUUAUCGAGCGAUCAGUUCCUCCUCCUGACACAACUUUAGCCAGAAAAGUGGAAUCUUCGACGUGGAUAACAGAAAACGAAACCGAUCAGAAGGUUCUGGAUGAUCUUGGGAUAUCCCACUUCCUUACGAUGGCAAACUCGAUUUCCUUGGAUGGAGGAGAAAGCAGCAAUUUCCUAAUGUGUACAAUGUGCAAGACGGGCGUCGUUACUGGUCGGAAGCUCAUGACGGAUCUCGCUAAGACUGACAGGGAGAUUCUAUCACUCGUCAUCUACAUCUGUAUCGAAUUUAAGCUUCUCCCUAAAGAAGUGUGCCGAGGAAUCAUUAAUAAUGUUGGGUACGAAGUGAUGUACGUGCUGAGAACGACGCAGCACAACCCGGAGGUGUUCUGCAGUAUGAUGCUGGCGGGCACGUGUGAAGACAUCGCGUUGCCUAGCUGGACCAUCGACACGCUGCCCAGGACCAAGAGUCGCCCUCACCCCACUGUUCCCGAGACACAAGCAUUGGGCGACUUCCUGAUUUUGCACAUCUCGGACCUGCACACGGACCCGGACUACACCGCGGGCUCGGACGCGGACUGCGACUUCCCGCUGUGUUGCAGGAACUCGAACGCGAGGGAGAAGCGGGGCUACAGGAGAGACGAGAGCGCCCCCAAGCGGCCCAUGGAGGCGUUUGCGGUCUCGGUCAUGGCCAACGCUGAUGACCCCAACACAGAUAUACAGAGUAUUUCCUCCAUGACGAAGUUCCCUAAAUACGCUGGCCGCUGGGGCGCCUUUGGUCGUUGCGACCUGCCGCUGCGUUCCAUUGAUCGGAUCCUGGAAGCGGGGGCAGACCUUCAGCCGGACUUGGUGUACAUAACCGGCGAUCUCCCACCUCACGAUGUGUGGGUGCAGACGAAGGAUUCCGUUAGGAGGAUUAACGCCCUCACGGCAGAGCGCAUCAAAGUCGCAUUCCCCAACACGCCUGUGGUGAUGACCGUCGGCAACCACGAGACAUCACCCAUCAACAGUUUCCCAGUGCCAGAAGUGUACGACAAGGGCUUCAACCCAGCGUGGUUGUAUGAAUCAUUGGCUGAGCAAUGGCAGUCAUGGGUCCCGUCUGCCUCCAUGCCUACCCUCUUGAAGGGAGGCUACUACACCGUCACGCCUUACCCUGGCCUCAGGGUCCUGUCCAUCAACAGCAACUACUGUAACUCCAUGAACUGGUGGUUGAUGAUCGCACAUAAGGAUCCAACAGAGCAGCUGGUUUGGAUGGACCGGCAGCUGGCGGAGGCUGAGGCUGCAGGCGAGAAAGUGCACAUCAUCACUCACAUCCCUCCGGGUUAUCCCGAGUGUCUGCCCAGCUGGAGCAGACAGUUUGCUCGAAUUGUAACCAAGUACGCGGACAUUGUGACGGGCAUAUUCUCAGGCCAUCAGCACCUGGACCAGUGGGAGGUGCUCUACGAUCCUGAUGACGUCACCCGACCCACGUCGGUUGCCUACAUUGCUCCAUCGGCUACGACCUUCAGGGAGCACUCUCCCUCCUUCAGGACUUACUCAGUGGACGGAGGGCUUGGCAACUUGUCGUCAUGGGCUGUGGUUGACCACCACACCUACACUGCCAACCUGACAGUGGCCAACUCCCCCGGCAACAUCCUCGAGUUCGACCUCCGCUACAGCGCUAAACAAGCGUUCAACAUGAGCGACCUCAGCCCGCAGAGCUGGAGUGACGUGGUUCACAUCAUGGCUACUGACCAGCAGUUGUUUAACACUCACACACGAUUCAAGCACAACUAUUGGGCUGAGCCGACAGAAGUUAACGACUGCGACUUGGAGUGCAAGAGAAAAUCAUUGUGCUUCUUGGUGACUGGGGACUCCUCCAAUAAAGAGCCUUGUGAAAGGCUCAAAAAGAUCAUUACGUAAACAAUUUUCAAGCUCAUUAUAGAUAAAAUAAAUAUGUAGUAUUAUUAAGUUCUGUUUUCCGUGAUUCAUAUCCUCAAAACACAUUGAAAAAUGUGUUUAGACUCGAAACACAGUGAGACUCGAAUUGAAGAAAUAUACCUUUAUCAUGAAUUAUUUGAACCUAGUCUAUUCACUCUUGACAAAAAUGAUUUAGCAAGCAAUGUAGAAGUUAAGUUCCAUUCUUUUGUCCGCAUUUCAAGCUAUGUCGUGGUCCUUUUAAGAGAUUAUCGAGGUCAAUUUCUGUAAAAGCCUCGAAAUUGAAUGUUUCUAGGUUCUUCAAUUGAAGCUCAUCAUUGUUAAAGAAUUUUUAGCUUGCUUACUGAUUGCUUCGUAAAAAAAUAUUCGGAAUAGAAUGAAUCAUUUUGCUUCUGCAAGAAUAUUGAAUAAAAUUCAAAUCUAGACAUGAAUAUUCUUCUAAGCCUUGCAGUAUUUUAAUUAAUUGCUAACAAGACAUAAUCAUUUGCAUUGUCAUUCUAAUGGUGAAUAAUACGGGAGGCACUUACUUUCCCUCGCAAAAUAUUGAGCAAAAUUAAUGUAUGUAUUUAUUUUAACCUACACCUUCUAAAUAUGUUAUGGCAUGCACUUUCAUUUAGCAGAUGCGUAUCCUCGCGUAUCAGAAUUAAAUUCCAUGCGAUAUCACUCUGUAAAUACUGACAGCAGUUUCCUAACUUAUCAUUAAAUGCAAUCAAUUUAUCAUCAAAUGCGCUGUAAUCAACUGUGUAGAAUAAAGUGUUUGUCGCUA